UUAAACCAGUUUAGUGAUGAUUAAUCAUUAGUAGGGAAGAAGGAAAAAGUCUUUCAUACAGCUGCAAGAAUCGAAUUUUUGGACUUUAGCACAUCGAAAAGAUCUUGAAAAAAUCAUUUAUUCACUAGUAAUAAGAAACGAGUGGAAUUUAAAUAAAGUUUGUUUAGAUUUUGAAAACUUAUAAGUGAUUAAAAAUGAAAAUUGGUUGUAAUUUCAACACGAGCUUCGAACAUAGUGAACCCGGCGAUUUCCUCAAGUCUCAAUGGCAGAAAAAAGAGAAAAGUGUUGUAUAUUUGAUAUACCGGUGGAUUAUUGCUGGCUUCUACACAUUCUCAGUUAUUGCAUCAAUUAUUACGUCAGCAAUGCGAGUUGAGCUGCCAUUCUACCUCAUUUAUCUUACUCAUUGGAAUUUAAUUUUUACGAUGCUUACAAUGUUGUUACAUGCUUAUUUGGUAACUUUACAUCAAACGGAUCGACUGAAAGUCGGUGACAAAAUGACAAGGGAUCUCAAAUUAUACUGGUUCCUGUCAACAACCAGCAAUGUGUAUGCGUUCUUAGUGUCGCUUAUUUAUUGGAAUAUAUUAUAUAAGACGGAACUAAACGUAAUUGAUAUGAACAACAUUAUUGUUCACGCAACAAACUCUUUAGUACUUAUCAUUGAUAUGGCUGGGGUUAAACACAUUGGAAGACUGGGAUUAUUUGUGUAUCCACUAUGUUGUGGACUUAUUUUCUUAUUCUUUACUUGGCUGUAUCCUUUCUUAGGCGGAAAAAAUCGACGAGGACACAAUUAUAUUUAUCCAAUUUUGGAUUGGAAGAAAAAACCCAUAACUGCAAUAUAUGCUGGCAUUGGCGUGACAAUCGGAGGUGUUAUUGUCCACUGUUCCGUAAUUAUUGUUCAUAAAAUCCGAGCUUACAUUCAUAAAAAAUGUGUCGCAACGAAAUAUGAAAUAACUGAAUUCAGCACACUAACCUGCUAAAUAAAUACUCCAAAGUCUUUUUCAAUGCACCAAAAGUCCUUAAAUCAGACGCCUUUGAUUGUCUUUUAUCAGCAGCUGAUCUUGAAAAUUCUUUCACGAAUUCUAUUCUCUCGAAAUAGUGUACUAAGUUGUUUUUCUUUCUUAAAUUGACUUCUGAGACAGGACACAUAGUCUCGCAUGUUCCCACAAUAUAAUUAUCUGAUGUCAUUAAAAAGAAAUAAAGUUACAUGUAAAGCAAAUAAAUAG